UCAGGAUUGUCCACUCGGCUUCCUAACGCCCACUCCCCAUCAAAUCUUCUUCUUCACUCUAUCUCCAAAAGCCUUUCGAUAUCAUGAGUGAUCCUAACGGUAUAACAUUGGAGUUCCGAGAUUUGCCGCCCCCAUGCUGGGAGGUCUGCAACAAAGCCUACCAGCAAGUCCGACUCUUCGAGACAUUUCCAGAAUACUGCAAACCCGAAUCUUCCUACCAGAUCAAUUACUCGAAUUGUCUGGUCUGUUGCUCAACAACUCAGACGAACGAUAUCCAUAAAACAGCCAACAGCAUAAACGCAACGCUGGUUUCCAUAUUUGGAGAGUACACCAAUCGUUGCAAUGAUUUCAAUGGUGUCUCUGGGGCCAAUGCCAGCAGACCUGAACCACAAUCCAGCUCCGGUUUCACUCUCGCGCAUAUUAUUGGCACAGUUCUCGGCGUAGUGGGAGGGAUACUGCUUCUCGCUUGCAUCGUAACUGCGUAUCAAAACCGCUCUAGAGAUAAGGUCGAGCGCACCCGCUUGUUGGAGCAAAAGGCUGAGGGCAAACGGCGGGAGUUGAGGAAGAAAGACCUCGAAUCGCAAUCUACCACUGCAGAGGUUGAUAGGCCCUCAGAAAUAAAGGCAGAAGUCUCACCUAUGAUACGGGAAAUAGAGGGAAAUCCUAGAACUGAGAUGGAGGUUGAGGAGAGGGCUUGCGAGUUGGACUUGGGAAGUGGCUACAGCGAGAUGGAUGUUCAGCCUCCCAAUGAGUAUUCAAAACUGAACGCGGGAAACCGAUGAAUCU